GUCUUUAUCCUCGUCUCCUCUAAAAGUCAUCCACUAAAGAGCUUUUUUUCUGCAGAAUCUCAGUAUGCUUUUGAUUCCACACCUCAAAUUCUUUAUCAAGGGGUUUUGAUUCGGCAAAGGGAUUGGUAUAUGCGGAAUGAGUCUGCGUAAGAGCCUCGAGGUAUGGAAAAUGGGUUGCGUAAACUACACGGCUGCACUUAAGCUGCAGGAGAAGCUCGUGUGCGAUAGAAAAGUCGGCAAAAUUCCAGAUACACUACUGUCAUUGCAACAUCCUCCAACAUACACACUUGGGAAACGGCGAACCGAUCACAAUUUACUUGUGCCCAAGGAAGAGCUGCAGAAUAUGGGAGCUGAGCUUCACUACACUGAUAGAGGGGGAGACAUAACAUUUCAUGGUCCACAUCAAGCUAUCUUGUAUCUCAUCAUUUCUCUGAAAGAUAUCGGAUUCGGUGCUCGGAAAUAUGUUGAGAAUCUCGAACUGACAAUGAUUCAGCUGGCGCAUUUGUAUGGCGUGAAAGCUCAAGUUGGAAACAAGUGCGAGACAGGGGUUUUUGUGGGAGAGGGGAAGAUAGGAGCAAUUGGGGUUCGUAUUUCGUCAGGGAUCACUUCUCAUGGAUUGGCCUUCAAUAUUGAUCCUGAUCUAAAUUUCUUUAAGCAUAUUGUGCCUUGUGGAUGCGCCAAGAAAGGAGUUACGUCGUUAAAAAGAGAGACGGAGUUGCAACUUCCUAGUGAAGAAGUGAUUCACGAACAGUUGGUUUCUAGUUUUGCGCGGAGUUUUGGUUAUACAAAUCUGGAGUGGAAAGAAAAAUGUGUCUGACAAGGGUGGAAAAUCUGCAAACUGGAUGAGCAUUUCGCGCCGGUGCCAGGAGCUGAUUGAAUUCUCUGUUCGGCCAAGUACGGUUUCUGGCUGACUUGUGAUUCUUUGUAAAUUGCAAGCCUUGGGCAUCAAAUCUAAAAUUCUCUCUUUUUGUUGUGGCAUGAACUUUGGAUGCUAUAUUACUAAUGGAAAUGUCGAUGACUUAGCAUA